AUGAAAUAUCAAUUGGCGCUUUCUUUUCUUGUUUUGUUGGUUCGCUAUGUGGAGGGGGACCUUCCCAUACACGCUCUGAUGGGAGACGUCGCGGGCAUUUGGGAAAUCAGCCAGACGGAGGAACUGAGCGACAAGCCGGAGCACUGCGGGGGGGGGAUUCCCAACAGAAAUGUUCAAAAUUUGCAUCCGCUGCUAGAAAAUUAUGAAACGUUUCUAGAAAGUAACUACGGAGAGCUGGAGACCACAUCGAUGAAGCUAACUACAGAAAAAAUUAAUUUGUCGGACAAAGUAAAUCCGAGGAAUAACUGGACCUACUUGGCAGUGAGGGACGUGAAGACUAAUGGGAUUGUCGGACACUGGACUAUGGUUUAUGACGAAGGGUUCGAAGUCAGGGUCCCUGGGAGGCGUUACUUCGCUUUAUUCAAAUAUAAUCGGAUCAACUCCAAAAGGUGUCCUGAACCGAUAGAAACCAAGGACUCUACAGAUAGCAACUGCUAUAUGACAGAUUCUACAAGAACGCUGAUAGGAUGGGUUCUACAUGAACGGGUUCAUAAGGUUCAUCAGAAUGAUAAAGAAAAAAAAGUAUUUCAAUGGGGAUGCUUUCAUGGAAGGAAGCAGGAAGAUGUAGCUGUUUCCUCCUUCGUCAUUCAUGGUGCGCAUGGAAGUCGGGGUGGUACAGAGGAACGAGGAGGGGAGACCUUGGCGCCAAAGAACCAACUCAGUUUUGCUGCCAUUAAGCAGAGGUCGAAUUAUACGAAGAUAAGGCUGUCUACGGGGAGUCCAUACGGCGUGCCGAAGACCAGCUUGAUGAGCAUUUACCAACGCGCAAGGGAGCAAAUUUACGGGUGCCGCAAGCAGCAGAGCGAGGAAGCGAAGAUCCGCUUGACCCUCCCGAAGGCAUUCAGCUGGGGGGAUCCAUUCAGUAACAACAAUUUUGAAGAAGACGUGGAGGACCAAAUGAACUGCGGAAGCUGUUACUCCAUUGCUACUCUCUACAGUCUUCAUAAAAGAUUUGAAAUCUGGCUUUUAAAAAAAUACAAAAAAAAAAUCACCAUGCCAAGGUUGUCCUAUCAGUCUAUCCUGAGUUGUUCCCCAUACAACCAGGGAUGUGAUGGGGGGUUCCCUUUCCUUGUUGGCAAGCAACUUUACGAGUUUGGUAUUCCAACGGAAAAUUCUUUGCCUUACGGAAACAGUGAUUCCAUUAAGUGUGAAAUGAGUAUGGGUUCUUAUAACAACAUCACCUCUGCAAAAUACAAAGAGGAGGAUCUUUUUUUUGCAGCUGAAUAUAAUUACGUUAGUGGAUGUUAUGAAUGCAGCAAUGAGUAUGAUAUGAUGAAUGAACUUUUUUUAAAUGGACCUAUCGUAGUUGCAAUAAAUGCCACUCCACAGUUACUUAGCUUGUACAAAUUAGGGAAACAAAAUGGGAUCUACAACACUGCUAUGCAUGAAAACAAAGUGUGUGAUGUUCCAAAUGAGGGUUUCAACGGAUGGCAGCAGACUAACCAUGCUGUGACCAUUGUUGGUUGGGGGGAGGAAGAAAAAGAAGAAGAACAGGAAGGAGGUAACGUCCUUAAGUACUGGGUGGUAAGAAAUACUUGGGGCAAGGAGUGGGGCUACAAGGGGUAUAUCAAAUUCCAGCGGGGCGUUAACCUCGCCGGCAUCGAGACGCAGGCGGUCUUUCUGGAUCCGGACUUAUCGCGCGGCCGGGCGGGGAAGAUAAGCGGCCAAGGUGGCGAAGGGGGAGAAGUUGGCGCGGAAAGUGGCAGUGAAGGUGGCGAUGAACGUGGCGGUAAAAGCGGCGAUGAACGUGGCGGUGAAGGUGAAGCUGCCAUGAGGCCGCCAAUCAGGCACACCCCACAUGCGCAGCGAGAUAACGUGUAA